ACUUCAGCUGUCCUGUCAAAUAAAAAUUUUAAAACUGUCAUAUUAUAAUUAUAUAUAUUUUUUUAUUUUCCACAUUAUAUGAAUUAAUGCGUUUCUAAUAAAAAUGAGUAAUGUAACUCAUUAUUUACCUGUCUUAAAAAAUCCGUUGCUUCUUAGAAGUCCAUGGUCACGGUUACAGAAACGGUUCUUAGGAAGACCUACAAGCUUUCCAGAUUAUUUUCAAAAUCCUAUAUUUAGGAAAGAAGAUCAAGCAAAAUUAAUUGAAAAUUCAGAGCUGUCGAAGUUAGCUGCAGUGCCUGUAAGACCUCCAGCAGUCUAUGAAACUUCUUCGGUGUACCAUGAUCCUCUUGUCAACAAAGUUAUCAACCAUGUAAUGGAAAUGGGCAAAAAGAAAUUAGCUAGAGAACUUGUGGAAAAGGCUUUUGAAAAUAUUAAAAGGAAACAAAUUGAGCGAUAUCAUCUAGCAAGUUCUCCAGAGGAGAAAGCCAAAAUAAUUUUAGAUCCUAAAACAGUGUUGCAUAGAGCCAUAGCUAAUUCAAAACCUUUAUUACAAUUAUCACCAAUCAAGAGGGGUGGUAUUACUUAUCAGGUUCCAGGUCCCAUUACAGAAAAAAGAUCUUUAUUUCUAGCAAUUAAAUGGCUAUUAGAAGCAACAAAUGAAAAAGAUAGAACUAUCCAUUUCCCUGAGCAAUUUGCAAGGGAACUGCUAGAUGCGGCAAGUAACACAGGCAAAGUUGUUAAGCGUAAACAGGAUUUGCAUCGCCAGUGUGAGGCCAACAGAGCAUAUGCACAUUAUAGAUGGCAAUAGUUGAACAUGUUGAUUUAUUAUAUGUAAUUAGCUAAUAGAUAUUUAAUAAAAUUAAGAUAAAGAAA